AAAGUAACUCCAGCAAGCAUUGUGUUUCAGACAACCCGCUCUCCAAUUUAACUCCUUGUAUUCCUUACAAAUAUAAUUUAUUAGCAUGUCGUUAACGACUCGGGCGGUGUGCAGACAUCGCCACCUGCUGCUGGUGAGGACUAUAGCUGGGUCUCACUUCGAUUAUGGCAACAUCAGGAAAAUACCCGGUUUUAGGAAACCUCCAGUGCCUCAUGAAGAGUUGCUAUUAGAGAAUGACGGUCGUUAUCCACCACAUCUCAAGAUUGACAUGGACCACCCUGAGAAUUGGCCCAAACACUACCCUCCAUUCUACGAGAGCCGACGUCCUGCUCGUUACCCCUUAUUACGGGCAGUUCUCAUCGCCUUCGGUCUCUACCAAGCCUACCUGUUCUGGACCAACCCCAUGUGGCUGAUCCCAUGGGUUACUCCUAACUAUGAAUGUAUCAGUAAUGAAGGUAAUUGGGUUAAGUUGGAGGACCACGAUGAGAAAGACAGGGUUUAUCCCUGGCAGAAACCCCUGGUCGAGCCUGAACUCCGAAGUCCUGAGGCUCGUAGGUCUCUGGGUUACAAUAUUGUUCUGGAAGGCGAAGAUAAAAAGUUGUGAACAUUUAUCUAAGAAAAAUGAGAGACCUUAUUUUUGAGAUCUUUCUAGUGUCAAAUUUAGUAUCGUGCUAGGAAUAUUGCUAGCCUAUGGACUGAUCUAAUUAAUAUUGAAAUGAUUCAGUGUGAUUUUGUAUUAGAUACUGAGUUAUUGUACACUAAGUUAUUUAUAUUUUGAUGGAAAUA